UUUUUCCCCGAGUCUGAUCUUUUAAUGUUUAAAAAAUUAUUAAUAAAAUAUUGUUCAUGUGGUCCGGAUACAGUGCCCGUGCCAGCGGAGGGGGCGUGGCCCCUUUUUAGGGGGCGGGGCUUGGCGGGCUGGGGGCGCGGUCAAUGCUGCUGGGGUGGGGGCAUGGGGCGUGGCUUGUUUCGCGGGUAAAAGUCUGUGGGCGUGGCCUGGGCCGUGGCGCGCCGGGAAGGCGGAAGCGGCUCCUGGGCCCCGAGUGCCGGGACCGGGGGUCCGGAGGGGCCAUGGCCGGGCCCGGCUGGGCCCCGCCGCGCCUCGACGAAUUCAUCCUCACCGAGCCCCUCGGCUCCGGCACCUACGCCACCGUCUACAAGGCCUACAGGAAGAGGGACACGCGUGAGGUGGUGGCCAUCAAGUGCGUCAACAAGAGGAGUCUGAACCGGGCAUCGGUGGAGAACCUGCUGACAGAGAUCGAAAUCCUCAAGACCAUCCGCCAUCCCAACAUCGUGGAGCUCAAAGACUUCCAGUGGGACGGUGACCACAUCUACCUGAUCAUGGAGUUCUGUGCCGGGGGGGACCUGUCCCGCUUCAUCCGGACCCGCCGGAUGCUCCCCGAGAAGGUGGCACGUGUCUUCCUGCAGCAGCUCGCCUGCGCCCUGAAGUUCCUCCACGACCACAACAUCUCCCACCUGGACCUGAAACCGCAGAACAUCCUCCUGAGCGCCCCGGAGAACCCCCAGCUGAAGCUGGCAGAUUUCGGCUUUGCUCAGUACAUGUCCCCGUGGGAUGAGAAGCACGUGCUGCGUGGCUCCCCGCUCUACAUGGCCCCCGAGAUGGUGUGCCGGCAGCACUACGACGCCCGCGCCGACCUGUGGUCGGUGGGCGUCAUCCUUUACGAAGCACUUUUUGGAAAGCCGCCCUUCGCUUCCCGCUCCUUCGCCGAGCUGGAGGAGAAGAUCCGCAGCGACCGGGCUGUGGAGCUUCCCAGCCGGCCCCAGCUGUCUCUGGAAUGCCGGGAUCUCCUGGGACAGCUGCUGGAGAGGGACCCUCGGAAGCGCAUCUCCUUCGAGUGCUUCUUUGCCCACCCCUUCGUGGACAUGGAGCACAUCCCCGGCCCCGAGAGCCUGGGCAAGGCGACUGACCUGGUGAUGGAGGCGGUGAGGAAGGAUCAGGAGGGAGACGCCAAAGCUGCCUUCUCCCUCUACCGCAAAGCCCUAGAGUAUUUUGUGCCAGCACUGCACUAUGAAAGCGAUGCACGGCGCAAAGAAGCCAUCCGGGCCAAGGUGAGGCAGUACAUCUCCCGAGCAGAGGAGCUGAAGGUGUUGGUCACCUCCAGCAACAGGAACCUCCUGGAGAAAGGAAACACGGCCAGAGAGCUCCUUAAAGAGAUGGCCAAGGACAAGCCUCGGCUCUGCGCGGCGCUGCAAGUGGCUUCAGCUGCCGUCGCCAAGGAGGAGGAAGGCAGGGAUGACAGUGACGCCCUGGAGCUGUACCAGCAGAGCUUGGGGGAGCUGCUGCUGCUCCUGGCCGCGGAGCCAGCAGGGCGGUGCCGGGAGCUGCUCCAUGUGGAGAUCCAGACCCUGAUGGCGCGAGCCGAGUACCUGAAGGAUCAGAUCAAGAUGCGGGAGGCACAAUCCAUGGGCAAAGAGGCGCUGGCAGAGUCCGUCCGGAGCGCCUCCAGCACCCACUGCACUGGCCCAGCCCAGCCAUACCUCCCUGCCUCUCACUGCUGGAGCACUGGGAAUGAGGCUUUUCUUUCCUGAAUCUGGAGCCUGGCAGGCACUGGCUGCGUCAUCAGUGUCACGACAGUGAGCAGUGCUCAGCAGGGACCGAUAGAGUCCGGCACGAGCAGCAAUCAGUCACCUUCAGGGAGACCCUCUCAGCAUCCUGCCUGCCCUGCUCUGCUCCUCAGGGCCCUGGCACCCCCAACAUCCAAAUCAUGUUCCCAGGAGUCACUGGUGUGGGGUACUGAGGUUGCCUGUCCUGCAAAACAAGGUAUUUGUCUCAAAAUCUACUGUAUCUCAAGGAAAUGUAAUUUAUUGUCUUUAAUAAACUUUAAUUUUGAUUUCUCCA